AUGACGAGCGAAGAGCCGACUCGAGCACCAUGGUCUUCGCGCGAGGACCAAGAGAAUCAACCGCCAAUGCCACAAUCAUCACCGCAAGAGAUCAGAUGUAAGGAAAAACCUGGAACUCAAUCUGAAACUUUUGGAGCGGGAUGUCGUAUUAUCCAGUCGCGAACGUUUGCAGUUAUCCGUGUAUACCUGGACCGGACACGAAAAUGUGCUAUAUAUACAGCACAUUUGUAUGAAAUAGCAGAGUUACUGUGCUACUCAAAGCCGCUUAUUAUUGGAUUACAGUUUUGGGUCACUGUAGCUUUGGUGGAAAAAGCUGGGCAAAUUCUAGCAUCCUGA